UGACAGUGACGUUUUGUGUAUGCAUCAUUUUUAUAUUGUGGAAAUUUUUCGUUCAAAAUAAACGCAAAUUUGUUGUCUCUUCACAUAAAAAAAGGCUUUCUUUCUUUCAAGUAAUAAAAAUACAGGAAAAAUGACUGAUCCGGGGACUGAAACUGAAGCGUCAACAUCGAAUGAGCGUAAAUACGUCGUACCGGUGCGAUCCGUCAAAAGUGUAAAUGAUAUGGCACUUUGGGAGAAGUCGACCGCAUAUUAUGAUAUCAUUGGCUUCAUAAAUGCAAUCAGUCAAGCAAUACAAGGAAAGAAACUCACCAUAAAAGUGGACCCAUCGCCAAUUACUGAUAAUCUGUUGCAGAUCUUUGAUGAAUUGAAUAAAAUGGUGGACGAAACACCGCCGCUGGAACAGCCACAGCGAUUUGGCAAUAGAGCGUACCGUGAUUGGUUCGAAAAGAUGAAAACUGAAUCGCCGAAAUUGCUGAAGAAAGCAUUGCCAGCCGAAUUCCAUCCAGCGCUCAUUGAAGUCAGUGCAUACUUUGUUGAGUCAUUUGGCAAUGCCACGCGAAUCGACUAUGGAACCGGCCAUGAAUUGGCCUUCAUCAUGUUUUUGUGUGCACUGUAUAAAAUUCAUGCGUUGAGUGAAAGCGACAAUUUAUACACUGGAUUGAAAAUAUUCAACGCAUAUUUGGUGUUUGUGCGUCGUUUGCAAAUUUGUUAUCGCAUGGAACCGGCCGGUAGUCAUGGUGUUUGGAGCCUGGAUGACUAUCAAUACGUGCCAUUCAUUUGGGGCAGCGCUCAAUUAGCUGUGAACGCACCAUUCGAACCACAUCACUUCCUUGAGCCUGAUGUCAUCGAUCGGUACAAAAAUGAAUACUACUUCAUCGGGUGUAUCGAUUACAUUCUACAGGUGAAGACGGGCAGCUUUGCCGAACACUCCAAUCAACUGUGGAGCAUCAGCAGCGUUGAUUCGUGGGUUAAAAUUAAUUCCGGUUUGGUUAAAAAGUAUCAAAAAGAGUUGCUCGCCAAAUUCCCUAUGAUUCAACACGUGCUGUUUGGUUCGAUACUGGAGUUUAAGAAAAUUGCUCCUGGCACCAUUCUUCCGACGGCUCGCUUGGGAAUGCUACCACCUCGCCGUGCACCCGGUCAACAUCUGACUCCAUCAGCCCCGCAACCAACAACUGCGCCACCAGCACCAUAAGCUUAUGAUGCAUUGAUUAUAAGCAAUUUCCUUUUCGUAGAUUCUCCCAUUUGUGUCGAUACACAUUGAUUUCGAUCAUUUUUUUUAAAUAGAAAAAACCGUUCGACUCAUUUACGCCUCAUUUAUUGUUAUUAAAUUUAAAUACAUAAUAGCUUUUGACAGAAAAAAAC